CUGCCGUAUCAGAAUUACAACUGUGAUAAACUGACCGUAGGGUUGCGGUGAUCUGCUGUACACCAACGUGUCAAACGGGGUUAUUUAGCCGUUUCUAUUUUUUACAAAUAGUCUUAUAUAGAAAUUUGUGGAAGAACUCAGCUUAGCAAAAGUUUAAGUUACAUCUAGGUCCUGAGGCGCCCAGGCUGUGCCUCUUGGUGCCUCCCUUUGUCGCUGUAGAAACAAGAUGGCUCCCGUUUUGGAGAAGAAGCUCCUGGGCGCAGCUGGGGCUGGCGACACCAUGGAAAAUAACACCGAGGAUGAAGAGGGACAGAACCUUUGGACUUCGAUUCUGAGUGAAGUUUCUACACGGUCAAGCUCUAAACUGCCAUCGGGAAAGAACAUAUUGGUGUUCGGAGAGGAUGGGUCAGGAAAGACGACACUCAUGGCGAAGCUGCAGGGAGCAGAGCACAACAAAAAAGGCCGUGGCCUGGAGUAUCUCUACCUGAACGUCCACGAUGAGGACAGAGACGAUCUCACACGCUGCAAUGUUUGGAUCCUGGACGGGGACCUGUACCACAAAGGUUUGCUGAAGUUCGCAGUCACGCAGGAGUCGCUGAAGGACAGCCUGGCGGUGCUGGUGGCAGACAUGAGCCGGCCUUGGACCAUCAUGGAGUCCCUGCAGAAGUGGGCCAGUGUGCUGAGAGACCACCUGGACAAACUCAAGAUCCCACCAGAGGAGAUGAGGGAGAUGGAACAGAGUAUGGUGAAGGCCUUCCAGGAGUACGCGGAGCCCGAGGACAGCACGCCGGCAUCUCCCCAGAGACGAGCGCCUGCGGCUGGGGGAGAAGACGAGGGAGUGCUGCUCCCUCUCGGAGACAACGUCCUCACACACAACCUGGGCAUUCCAGUGCUAAUAGUUUGCACAAAGUGUGACGCAGUCAGCGUGUUGGAGAAGGAGCACGACUACAAAGAGGAGCACUUUGACUACAUCCAGUCCCAACUGAGACGAUUCUGCUUGCGAUACGGAGCUGCCUUGAUCUACACCUCUGUGAAGGAGGAGAAGAACUUGGACCUCCUCUACAAAUACAUAGUGCACAAACUCUACGACUUCCACUUCACCACACCCGCCUUAGUGGUAGAGAAGGACGCAGUGUUCAUUCCGUCCGGAUGGGACAAUGAGAAGAAGAUCGCCAUCUUGCACGAAAACGCCUCCAACUUAAGACCUGAUGACCCGUUUGAGGAUGUCAUCGGGAAUCCACCGGUCCGGAAGUUGGUGCAUGAUAAAGAAGUGUGUGCUGAGGAUGAGCAGGUCUUCCUCAUGAAACAGCAGUCCCUGCUAGCCAAACAGCCUGCCACACCCACAAGAGGAACAGAGUCGCCUGCACGGGCUGCCUCUGGCUCGCCCCGGCCCACCGGUCGCCCAGGCCCCACUAACGUGGCUAGCGUAUCGCCCAUGACGACGGUGAAGAAACCGGACCCCAACAUGAAGGGGGCGGCAGCGAACGAGGGAGUGCUGGCCAACUUCUUCAACAGCCUGCUGAGCAAGAAGACUGGCUCCCCUGGAGCCCCUGGCUCACCGGGGACCCCAGGCGUCCAGGGCUCUGCCAAGAAAACAGGGCAGAAGCCGGUUUUGACUGACGUCCAGGCGGAGUUGGACCGUAUGACUCGCAAACCCGAUGCCAUGGUAACGGCCAACAACACCCCAACGACGGAGAACGAGGCGUGACCGCACUAACAGCAACGUCCUUCAAACGAAAAACCCUGGAAAAACAAACAAAUCAAACAAACAAACAAAAUUACAGACAACAAACACACUCACCGACAUGCAUAUAUAAGCAAAAAAGAAACAACUUUGACCGUAUGACCAAAACUCCCCAAAGCGUAUGUCCAGUGUGCAGCUGAGCUCGGUUUGGUCCGAGUUAGCGGGAAUGCUAAUCAAACAAUUGCAUUGAUUAGAAUGAAAGGACGGGGAAUGUAUUGGAUUGAAGAGAGAGAGAGAGAGAGAGAGUGGGGAGAAGUCCUAAAGGCUUGGCGAAGUUCAUUCUUGUUUCAUCGACCCUAAUGUUCUCUCUCUCGUUCAUAAUAAUUUGUAACCCCUUUUUUGAGGCAUGCAAGGCUGAGUGAGUGAGUGAGUGAGGGAAACACUUCAACUCCCUGGGAAGGGGAACAAAAACCCCCAACCCGUUAAUUUUUUUUAUUUUUCAUUUUUUGCUUUUGGUGAGGGGAACUAGUUUCGCUCGUUCAUCCUGCCGUCUGCUGCGUCCCCUGUAGCCAGUACCAUCCAUCCGCAGCUUUCUGGGCAGUGCAUCCUAACCUCCAACCAACUGCUGUGGCCUCAGGGGUCCUCCUCCUCCCAAACGCAUUCUCCAACUUGUUUCCAUUUACUCAAAACACAAAACGUUAUGUAGUGUGUAUGAAAUCAGAUGAUUUAUCAAUACUGUAUGUAUUUAUAAUGGAAAAUCCAACCUUUUGUUUGUUUUUUGUUUUUGUUUUUUUCUUCUCCUCCCCUUCGUUUAGUUUUUCCUCCCUAAAUGGUUCAAUUUGAUUUUCGAUCAUAAAGUGUUCAGCUAGCACAUUUAACUCCACUUACGUUAUGACACUAACACGGCACACUCCUACCGGCCAAUAGCAUAACGAGAGGCUGCCUGUCCGAGGGCCAAUCAGACACCACUGAGGAUCCUGUAAAUAUAUUGAGAAGAAGAAAACAAAUAUUUGCUAUACAAGCUUUUUUUUUUUUUUGGUUUGAUUUUUGUACAAAACAAAUGCAAUUAUUUUAGCAAAAUUAUGAAGUGCUUCAGAAUGAAGUCUGAAUUCGGAAGUGGAGGAGUCGAGUGGUUUAGCAUGGCAAAGCUUUCUUUUCCCAUGGCUACAGGUGUAUGCAUGUUUUUUUGAGUGAAGGCGCCAGGACAGCAUCUUUACCUUCAAAAGAAACAAACAAAAAACAAAACUCCCAAAGUGCCUGGCACAUCGUACUGUUUGUGUCGUAGUAGGGGUGCUUGUCUCGCGGAGAAUUGCACUGUAGUACAGACAGUAAUGGUUUUCUCCUUUUUUUUUUUUUUUUGUCCACAUCAGUUUCCAAUUAAUUUAUUUUGUUUCAUUUGUUUUGUACUACUUACGUCUGUGGUCUUUGUUUGAUUUGAAUAUUUUUUGCUUCCAUUGGUGGCCUAGACAUUGUUCAGCUGAGCAAUAGAGAGCAUGCCUUUCUUUUUUUUCUUUUUUGUUUUCUUUUGUUUGACUAGUUUAAAGUAGGUGAACGUGGCUUAACCAGGCCGUUAGCUGCACAAGCGUUAGAACCAGCUGUAGAGAGAGAACCUACGUGCCCUAGAGGAACACGCUCACGUGGCCCCGCCUACUUGUGUAAUAUCUCAAUGCCGCCAGGCCAGGUGUCACAGGAAGUUGAUUUGUGCGGAUGUUUUAAGAAAAAAAAAAGAAAGAAAUGGCUUUGUCCUCACACAUGAAUGAAAGACGAAAUGUUAUUUGUGUACUUUUACUCAAAUCAAAUGUUGCUUUUUAUAUAUAUACAUGUUAUAUAAACUCAACUGUACUGCAGUUCAUGUUGAUAAGAAGACAUUCCCAGCUCUACACCAGGAGGAUGUAGAAGCGUGUCCCCAUUUGAAGACUAGUUUUGGCUGUAAUGUUUUCCAUCUUUCUCUGCCUCCCUCUUCUCUCUCUCUCUCUCUCUCUCUCUCUCUCUCUCUCUCUCUCUCUCUCUCUCUCUCUCUCUAGCACACUCUUUCUCUCGCUCACUGUGUGUGUGUGUGUGUGUGUGUGUAUGUAUGAAUCAGUGAGAGAGAGAGUGUUUGUGUGUGUGUGUCUGAGUGAGAAUGAGAGUGGCUCAUCCCCCUUGCCGUCAGUGUAGUUGCUCCAUACUCUCUGUCUGUACUCAGGGUAGAGCCUUAACCCCCCCACCUCUCGCGCCAGCCUUGCCCUCUGUCUUCAUGCCCACGCCAUGCAGUCUGCAGCCACAGCCAUCGGGAGUUUCAUGCCAUGCCAUGCUCAUGCUCACAUGUUUUGCAGUGUAUUAUGGAGUCAGAUGCCACUAUAUCAAAGAACAGAUACACCAGAGAACUGCAACUAUUAUUUGGCUUAUCAGGGUGUGUUUCGUGCAAACACAGGUAGUUUAAAACCUCAAAUCUUUUUCCACUGUGUUCUGGUGAUGCAGACGUUCUCCUGUGGUUACAUUAUUUUUCCCUUAUGCCUUUUUUUUUGUUUAAGCUUUGAACUCUUUAACAUGACAACGCAGCUAUGUGGCUUCUUACUAACGACAACCACAUCUUUUCAACAAAAACAAAUGGACAAAAAAAGGAAUCUGCUGAGAAAUUGGAACCAAAGACCUAGCUCCCACUUCUGUUUUUUUUUUUUUUUUUUAAGACUGUGUAGCGUCUGAGUAGAGUAGCGUUCUCCCAGUCUCUUGCUGAGCUUCUCAUUCCAAAAUGGAUUUUGUGCCUCCUGGGGUGGUCUGGAAUUUAACUCCGGAGCCUUGGGGUUCAACUCUCUGUGUCAUUUUAGCUCUUUCUAAGGGAAAAAACACCACAACCACACUGUAGUAGUGCAGUGUCUACUUUUUUUUUCUUUUUCCUUUUUUUUAAACUGACUGAUCAGUAGAUGAGGUAGAAAGAACAAAGAAAAAGAGAAAUCAGUACAGGUGAAGAACGCAUCCAGACUUCUGCCCCCCCCCACCCCCCCCCCCCCCCCCCGCCUUUAUUUCCAUUUCCUGUUGUAACCUAAUCAGAAUGCAGCGCUUAGCAACCACCUGCACCGAGGAUGAGCAUUUAUCACUGAUUUUCAGGCUAAAUACUGUAACAAAAGAUUUGGAGUAACUGCUUUCAUGUCAGAUCCAAUGCACUUCAUUGGGCCAGAGGCUAAAAUCAACCCUUCCUUCCAGCUACAAAGUGAAAGCCAGUGAAAUGCUUACAAAAAAACACCCUGUCUGCCCUUUGGUAAUCUGUUGAUGAAUUUACUCAUGAAAUAAAACUGAAAUGCACUUAAACAUAGAUUUUUUUUAAACAUUAUUUCUGUGUGUUUUCCGUGUUCACAACACUAUCCCUGUUUGGAUUGUCUACAUGUCUUAAAUGGAAAUCUGCUCUCCAGGGAUGUCUUGCCAGUAGUCUCAUUCUGGGAGGGGCGGAGACAGGUAGAGGGAUAGUCUUAAAUGUCAUGUCUCUGUGAGUGUAAUUCAACAGUUGCAGUUAAUUCAAGGCCCUGUCAGUCCUUCAGUUGCAUUUUGUCUUUUUUCCAGCGAGUCCUUUCCUGUGGAAACGCCUCUCAACACUGUUCUGUUUGUUAGCCAGUUUCCAGCACAUACACAAACUAUUCUUGAUUUCAACAAAAGAAUCACUUCACGUGGUUAAUAUAAACCAGACAUUUGAAGGAUGGUUAACUGCGAUGCAGGCCAUUAGGUUGCCUGUUACAACAGCCAGUAUAGUGAACUCCCAGUUCUAUUGAUGAAACAUCUGCUUUCUCAAGGAGUACACAUAUGAAAUGGCAAAAGACAAAACAAAAACAAGUCAAUAGUCAUCGCACAACCCUCCCUGUUUGGCCUCACCAUAGUAGCACAUCGGUGCCCAUUAGGUAUCAGUUUGCAGUUUAUCCUUUCUUUUCUCAAUGGCACAUAACACAAAUCCACAAAUCAACCCAGUUCUGUUCUGCUUCAGUACCACCGGACUGGAACAUAACUGCUUUGUGCUCUUAAUCCUAUUGGUAUGCAUUUUCCCCUGCAAAGAGAAAUGUUAAAUAUAGGAGUUAAAAAAGCUUCUGCUUCCAUUCCUUUUAUAUAAUGGGAUUAAACAUACAUUUUAACCACAAGGAGGACUGGAUGUGUCUCUGUCUGUGUGUGUUAUAUCAUGCACACGCCAACAAAAGUCUGAUCUGUAUAGCUUUAAUCUGAUGCAGUAAUGUGGAAAUUCGCUUAUAGUGCUGGUAAAAUUAAGGAAAUGUGUCUCAGUCCAUUGGCUUCAAUAAAGUAAGAAUCCAGAGCGAUGGAUUACCUGGUGACUGUU